GAGUUGCUCUCAAAGAGGACCCAGCUCUCUACUACAGCAGAGCAUAAAUAUGCAUAGCAUCGCUUUUACUACCAAAUUCGUGCCCCCAUGCUGAAUUAUCAGUCAAGGUCCUAAAGUAAGACAUCUGUUAUCACCAAGUCGUCAGUAAGUAUCUCUUAUCAUGGGAGGCAGGAAGAAUCACAGUUGGCGACCGGGCAAGAGCCACCAAGAUAUCGGCGCCCCAAGACGCAGAACACCUCCCGACUCUGACACCGACAUGUUCGGGAGUCCAUCAAUAUGGUGUAGGAAGAAGAAAUCCCAUCAUCAUAGUGAAGCGAAGGGCCGCCGAUCAGGGAAAGGCGUGGGCGUAGAUGAGCAGCCGCGGCAAAAGCACCGCAUCCUUUACUCUCCCUUCCAGCGUCUCUUCGGAACGAAUUCCAAACAUCGUCAUCGCAAAAACACCACCCCGAGCCGCGAACACAGAGCCGCGCCAAGGUUCGGACUUGGGCACAGCACUUCUCCUCCUCCUCCGCCCCCUCCACCACUAAAGCAAUCAUCACCAUAUACUCCUAACAAGUAUCUCCACGGCCAAUCGGGCUGGCAAGCGACGCCACCACGAUCAUUCCGUAGAACACUAUACCGGACACCAACAUCUCCCACCCGGACCUCUCCUGGCUUCAGCGCUUCCAGCACCCCCAGCACUACUUUUUCAACUCCCCGCCCACCAUCCAACCCCCUAAACCCAACCUGCGAAUCCUGUUUCAAAAUGCACCAUCUCAACGCCACCCUCCGCCAAUCCCUCCUUGCCCACACGCGAGACAUGUACACGAUGUUACAAAACUGGGCUGACGACGUCGGUUGUGGAGAUGGCACAGGGUUUGUGCAUGCGGAUCCGAUGGAGUGGCAGCCCGAAAAGGCGGCGGUCGUGAUAGAGAAGGAGCGCAGGCCGAGCGAGAUGUGUAGGGUGUUGAUGAAGAUGGGGAGCGUGGAGGAUUGGGUUGGGUUUAUGAGGGGGUUGGAGGAGAAGGAAGGAGGAGGAGGAGGGCAGAAGAUGGAGGGGGUGAAGGCGGGAGGGGACGGAGAAGACAUGAGGGAUGGAGAAGGAGAUAGUGGGCUAGGGGGGGAUUAUUGUCUGAGAUAUCGCAGGAUGGCUGUGGAUCGGGGAGGCGGACAGGGUUGACGGGUAGAGGUACUUGUAGGAGAUGGUGCUGGGUUGGGACUGGGAGAGUUGGGAGGGGGCCGAUGCCAAUGUUGGGGAUUGAAAUGGCAGCACUUGCUAUGGAGACCAUCAUGGAAGAGUCUCUACUUGUACGGGCCGCGCCGAGAGAUGGGGCCGUGACCGGGAAAGCGGGGACCUCUUUGAUAAGCAGCCGGGCCGGAGCGACGGCGGUCGGGGUAAGUUGGAGGGAGG